CCGCUUGUGUUGCCUUCGUCUUGGCUGGCUGCCCCCUCCUAGCACUUCUCGUGGCACGCCGUGGUCCAACCAGACGUGCGCACUAUCUAAUCUCUCCUCGCUCACUGGACCAAAACUACUAGUCCACCCUUUCGUCUCUUACCUCCAGCGCCGCCCAAAACUGCCGCCGCCUGCUCAACUCCGGCCGGUGCAAUUUCACCGACGGGGAACCGUUUGCCGCAUCCACUGGAGAUGCUCUGACAACAGAUGCACAACUCGUCUGCUAGGGCGAGAGAGAGGGGCUCGCAUGUAGACUAGCUAGCUAGGGGUACAUCGGGAUGGAGGUUGCGGUGGUCGUCGGCCCGAUAGUGAAGCUCCUGCCGAAGCUCCUAUCGGUGGUAGAUGGGAAACGGAAGCAGCUGGACAACCUGGAGGUGGACGCCGGGUUCAUCCGGCGCGACCUGCAGUCGAUCCAAGAAAUCAUUGGCCGCUCCAGUGGCGGCAGAUCCAUCACGGACCUCUGGGUCCGAGAUCUCAGGCGCCUGGCGGACGACAUGGAAGACUGCAUCGACCGAUUCCAGGUCGGGAAGAUGAGCAGAAUCCGUUUCGUCGGAAAGAUCGGCAAACUGAAGAAGCGGUCAAAGGAGACUCUCGAGCAGCUACAGAACUGCAUCAGCAUCGCUGGCGCCGCCGCACCUGAUCCCCCCGCUGCAGGUGGGGGCACCGAGGAUCCGGAGGAGCAGCUACUUGCUCUGCUUGCGCGGAGCCCAUCGGAGGGAAACCUCAAGGUGAUCUCCGUCGCCGGCUUCGGUGGAGCAGGUAUGACUCGCCUUGCCCACAAGGUGUACAGCAACAGGGAUGUGCUCAGCCAGUUCCCUCUGCACGCUUGGGUUCGUGCAGCGCCCGGCAUGAGUGUGCACAAGCUUCUUCAGAAAAUACAUGACCAGCUGCUGCUAAUUAGUAUGGCCAAGAAUCAUGGUGCCACUGCCUCCAGCUCCAAAAUCAAACCACAAGCCAACGGAGACGACGCCGAACAUGCUUCGACUGACCACCGGCUCACCGGAUUACUCAAGACCGGAAGGUAUUUGAUUGUGAUUGAUGGCGUGAAUACGCAUGACUUGUACGACGUGCUAUCUGCCUUCUCUUGGGCUGAUGGAGUGGAUGGCAGAAUUAUCAUGACGGCGGCAAUUCAGCUGCCAGAAGCAACAUGCUGCAGAUGUGGCAACGGUUCACCACUCGCCAUGGAUAGCACAAGCCAGGUUUUCAUUGGAGAGCUGACAGAGACUGGAUUUGUGGAGGCCUGCCUCCAUCUUCGUGACGACACACUAGCAAGAAUGCAACGCAGCAACAACGAGAUCCUAUCAAGUCCCAUUGUCCAGGACUUAUUGCUGUAUUUCUGCAUGUUCCCACGCGAUCAUCCUGUCAGGAGGAAUCCCCUGAUAAGGCGAUGGCUGGCUGAAGGACUUGUGUUUCCUCAACCAGAAACAGAGAGUUUUUCGCAGGAUGUUGCAGCCAAGAAUUUGGAGAGCCUCAUCACCCGCAAUGUCAUUCAGCCCAUUCAAGUGAGGAACUAUGGAAAUGUGAAGAGAUGCCAAACUUUUGGGAUGAUGCUUAACUCCAUUUCCAGCAAAUCCAAGUCACAGAACUUCAUCACCAUGCUGUGUGGUAGCGGCCAGACGACGGAGAGGAGUCCGGCUGGCAAGGAGAUUCGCCGGCUUUCCCUCCAUCUUAACGGUGCGGCAAAUGGGCCACUGAAUUUGCCAAAGGAAUUAUCUCGUCUCCAUACUUUGGCAGUAUUCCCUGAUGAUGCAAAUGUCGCCAGGCAUCAGGCUAAUUUGAAUUAUGCCAAGUAUAAGCUACUCCGAGUUUUGGAUCUCAAAGAAUGUGCUGAUGUGAAAGCAGAACAUGUCGGGAAAAUAUGUGACCUGUUGCUGCUCAAAUAUCUGAGCCUCGGGGACAGUAUUGACAAGGUUCCGAGGAAAAUAGCGAAGCUAAAAUGGUUAGAGACUCUCGACAUGAGGAGAACCCAGGUAGUGACGCUACCAAUUGAAGUCCUCCAGCUCCCUGGGUUGAAACACCUCCUUGGGAAGUUUCAGCUAGCUGAAGGUGACUGCACACAGAAGAAGCUAGAGAGGCUCAUGUCAAAAGAUAGUGAACUUCAGAGGCUUUCCGGAUUUGUCACCGACAAAAGCGAAGGGUUUGCGCAGCUGAUGAGUCGCAUGGGGAAGUUGAGGAAGGUGAAAAUAUGGUGCGAUUCCACCGCAGAUGUGACGAAACUGGUUCAUGUUUUAGGAGCCACAAAGAAAUUCAUUGGUGGAGGCCUGGAUAUGACAAGAGUCGAUCGUUCUUUGUCUAUCGACUUCCAAGGAUGCCCAACGGAAUGCUCAGAACAAUUCAUGGAUUCUCUGAAAGCUACAGGCCGUCUUACCUCACUCAAAUUGCGAGGCAAGCUGACGCAACUCCCUCAGUUCCGUGCAAAGCUGAACUACAUCGAGGAGUUGUGCCUCUCAAGGACUAAUCUGAGCGGUGACACAAUCCUAAGUAGCCUGUCUGGACUGAAAAUGACACUGAAAUAUCUCAAGCUGGUAGAAGACAGGCUUGGUCACUUGGUCAUAAAACCAGAGCAUUUCCGAAGCUUGAAGGGGUUAUGCCUCGUGGGCGAGCAAAGUCUGGAGGGCAUAACAAUCCAAGAUGAAGCUAUGCCCUACCUUGUGUCACUUCAUAUACUUUGUGAAGCUCUAGGUGAUCUUCCAGGAAUCGACAUCACACGCAUGGCAAGGCUAAAAGAAGUCGCGCUCCAUUCUGGAGUACAAGAUACGAUAAAGGAUGGGUGGCAAGCAGCUGCAAUGAACCAUCCUAAUAGGCCCAACGUUUUGUUUAUCCAUCAUGCUAACUCGUCGCCUAGAGACUCUCCGCCGUGUGAAGCAACAGGGGAUAUUGUAAAUCGGACCAAACCUGUUGGGAGAAAAUUCGCCGCCUCCAUCAUGGGGGGCAUCUUUUCUCGUGCACGGCCAAGAUCCUGAUGCACUGAAGCAAGUCGCAUCGAUCAUGAGCAAAACUUUUUCCAACCAUUCGCCGAUUGAUGAUGUGUGUGCUGCAUAUACCUGGCCAUGGGAAGCCCGGCCCGGCCGGCCCGGCCCGAAAAAGCCUGACCCGGCCCGGCCCGACGCUGCCCCCGGGCCGGGCUCGGGCCUAGAUUUUGAGCCCGAAGGUCGGGCCGGGCCGGGUCCGGGCCGUCAUUUGUGCGCUUUCCUGAAGGUCGGGCCGGGCCGGCCCGAAGCCCGACGGGCUUUUAGGUGUUCGGGCCGGGCUCGGGCCCAAAAAACAGGCCCGUUGGUUGGGCCGGGCCGGGCCUGGGCCUGGGUUUUUUGCGUCGGGCUUGGCUAGGCCCAGCCCGGCCCGAGGUAUGGCCAGGUAUAGUGCUGCACGAUGCGGCCUUCGGGAGGUGUGACUUCUCCUUUGCGAGGUGGCUGCUGGUGGUGAGUAGAGUGAGAUGAUGCAUCCUCUUCGUGAUGAUUGAUGAUGUCAUGAUAAGAAAUUUACGAGUGAAUUCCGCCGAUAACGUUUCAUGGCAAGAACGGAGCCAGCCAUACAGGUACAUUGUGUAGAGAUGUUGCUGAUUAGAGAGUUUGUUAAUUUGAUUCGAUAAUGAGUUUAUACAAUGGAACAGCCACACUUCUCUAUUUUGCAAAUGCAUCGAAUAAAGGAAGUUCAGGCAAAAAAAAAAAAAAGAAAAAGGAAAAAAGGAAGGCCACAAGCAACAUAACAGUUGAAGGAAAGUUCAACUAUUAGAUAGCCUAUCAUGCCCUCUGCCAUAAAUCCUUUUGUAACCAGGGAGGGAGAUGGCGUAUAUUUACUUGUGCAAAAAAAGAGAGGCUAUAGUACUA